AAACCACUGCCAUUAGCAGAUAUAAUACCUUUUAGAGAGAGAAAACAUGAAAGUUCUUGAAAACAACACAUGAGUUAGUGAUUGAUAUACUACGAAAAAACAGGCAGUGUUGUAAAGCUUCUGAGAACUCCCAAAAGUAACCCCCCAUCUCUCUCUCUCUCUCUCUCCUCUGCUGCUCCUCUAUUAUUUGACACACUCCAGGCCCAGGGUACUAUACCCCAAAGUUGGCAUGGCCCAGUGUCAGGUGUCUACUUUACACCACACCACACCACACCACCACCGUCACCUAGCUUAGCUUCUCCAAAAUAAUUCACAAACUCCAUUAUUGGCUCUUGCUAGCCCCUUACUUACCUUACCAUACCAAACCCCUCUUUUUUUCUUUUUUUUCUUUUUUUUUUACACCCUCUUUCCACAUAUUCUCUCUCUCUCUCUACAUCUCUACUAUAUCUCUCUCACAACCACUUUCUCUCAUGAUUUGACCCAAGCAAUGAAUGGACUCUAGACACCACCGCACAUGGAGAUGGGUUCGAGCUCUUCUUCUUCCAAUUCGUCUGAUCAUUCACUCAAUGGGUUGAAACUCGGCCAGAAAAUCUAUGUCGAGGAUGUCUGUGUCGGAGCUCCGGCCAAAUCCGGUGGUGGGUCGUCGUCAUCGGCCAGCGCCGGCGGCCACCCACCUCCGGCGCCCUCCAAGAAGCUGAGGAGCGGGGCUCUUCAGGGUGGACAGCCACCCAGGUGUCAGGUUGAAGGGUGUAAAGUAGAUCUGAGUGAUGCUAAAGCUUACUAUUCCAGGCACAGAGUCUGUGGUAUGCACUCUAAGUCACCUAAGGUCAUUGUUGCUGGUAUUGAGCAGAGGUUUUGCCAGCAGUGUAGCAGAUUCCAUCUGCUUCCUGAAUUUGACCAAGGAAAACGAAGUUGCCGCAGACGUCUAGCUGGUCAUAACGAGCGUAGGAGAAAGCCACCACCUGGAUCUCUAUUGUCUUCGCGCUACGGACGUCUAUCGUCCUCUACUUUUGAAAACAACAGAACUGGAAGCUUUCUUAUGGACUUCACUACAUACCCUAGUCUUUCUGGGAGGGACCCUUGGCCAACUACCAAAGCAUCUGAGCGGGUGUCGAGCAAUCAACCAGUUGCCACGGGAAAAUUUCUUGCACAUCCAUGGCAGAGCAACUCGGAGAAUCCUCCACCAGACUUUUUUCUGCAAGGUUCAACAGGUGGAACUGGCUAUCCUGGUACCGGAAUUUCUUCGGGAGGAUGUUUCACAGGAGCCUCUUCUGACUCGAACUGUGCUCUCUCUCUUCUGUCAAAUCAGCCCUGGGCCUCAAGAAACCGACCCUCUAGUCUAGGGGUGAGUAACUUACUGAAUGCCGACAGGGCUUCCAUAGUUCAACAAACAACAGCUCCUCUUGGAGCCACCAUCAAUCACUUUUCAAGCACUCCAUGGGGUUUCAAGGGUAAUGAAGCCAGCGGCAGUUCGCUCGAGAUGCCUCCUGAUCUGGGUCUCGGUCGAAUUUCACAGCCUGCCAGUGGUCAGUAUUGUGGAGAGCACGAGCUGUCUCAACAGAGUGGAAGGCAAUACAUGGAGCUUGAGGUCUCCAGGGCCUAUGACUCUUCCACUCAGCACGUGCACUGGUCUCUUUAAGUGUCCUUUCUCUCUGGUUUUUAUGGCUGCCUUAGUGACCUGCUUCUAAAUAAACAAACAUAUUCGGUUGGUGUAUCUUUGUGCUUUUGUUGGAAAAACCUAAACGUGACUCUCCUGAGUCACUGUUUUGUUUGUAGGUUGUAAAAAUGACAAGCAGGGCUGUAGCCUCUGUUUUAGGUAUUUGGUAUUGGUGCUUUGGUUUGUUCUACUCGGGAGCUUGUUAUGACCAAGAAAAGUAGCUUCUGAACAGUGGAAUCAUGACUCCUCGUCAGAUUUCUUGCUCAUCAAUGGUCAACUAAUCCAUGUUCUUUGAACUCUGUUCUCCUAACCUUGCUUUAAUGUAGGGUUUGCUCGGUGCAUGAAUGCUUGGCCAUUGUUGGGUCAGAGGGAGGUUAGAUGUAUGCAAUUUUAUCUCCACAGAAAGAGGUGUCAUUUUCUGUUUUGAACCUUUGGGUUUCAUUGCGCGGAGGACCGUAGCUAGUUCCUUAACUUAAGCAUUAGAAACCCGAUAUGUGCUCAAGCUGCAAAUGUCUUGCAGAUCCCGGUAUCAACAUGCAAACCAUGGUGUAUUACUGGAAAAGUUUUGACUUUUGGGAUGGAUUUGGAUUUGGAUUUGGAUUUUGAUUUAAGAAUGCUUGUAUCAAAUAUCAAUUCAUGAUAAGUAUUGCAGUUCGUAUUGUG